GUACCCUCGCGUUAACCCACCAAUCCUUGCUCCUCCUACUUUGCCUCAACAGAGAAAACACCAUUCUUGUUCCUCCGCCUCCCUCUCUUCCGCUAACCAGAUAUCAAUUAUCACCGGCGUGAGACACGAGCCUGAUUGAACAUGUCCGCCUCACGCGCCCUCCUCUCGAGCCCGCACGGCGGUGCGAGCCGGACCUUCACGAGAGCGCCGACCCGCCUCGCCGCGGCCUCGAUCCCGUUCGCGCGCUGCGGCGCUCUCCGCGCCCGGACCGCGAUCCUGUCGUCGCCGGCGGCCACUGUGCCGGUGACCUCUUCGGAGCCGAAGCGCCGGAUCUCGCGCUCCGUGUCGGACUCGGCGCCGCUGGCGAAGCCUGCGGUCCUGGUGGCGGAGAAGCUGGGCGAGGCCGGGCUGGACGUGCUGCGUCAGUUCGCCGACGUGGAGUGCGCGUACGGCAUGUCCCCCGCCGAGCUCCUGGCCAAGGUGGCGCAGUUCGACGCGCUCAUCGUGCGGAGCGGCACCAAGGUGACGAGGGAGGUGCUGGAGGCGGGGCGCGGGCGGCUGCGGGUGGUCGGCCGGGCCGGCGUCGGGAUAGACAACGUCGACCUGCAGGCGGCGACGGAGGCGGGGUGCCUCGUCGUGAACGCCCCCACCGCCAACACCGUCGCCGCGGCGGAGCACGGCAUCGCGCUGCUCGCCUGCAUGGCCCGCAACGUCUCGCAGGCGGACGCCGCGCUCAAGGCCGGCAAAUGGCAAAGAGCCAAGUAUGUUGGAGUUUCCCUAGUUGGAAAGACUCUUGCCAUCAUGGGCUUUGGAAAGGUUGGCUCGGAGGUAGCAAGGCGAGCGAAAGGGCUAGGGAUGCAUGUGAUUGCUCAUGACCCCUAUGCUCCGGCCGACAAGGCCCGUGCCAUUGGAGCAGAGCUGGUGUCCUUCGAGGAGGCCAUCGCCAAGGCUGACUUCAUCUCCCUCCAUAUGCCGCUCACCCCGGCGACAUCCAAGGUCUUCAACGACGAAUCCUUCGGGAAGAUGAAGACCGGCGUGCGGAUCAUCAAUGUGGCCAGGGGCGGCGUGAUCGAUGAAGAUGCUCUGGUCAGGGCGCUGGACUCCGGCAAAGUUGCUCAGGCAGCUCUUGAUGUCUUCACAGUGGAGCCCCCGGCGAAGGACAGCAAGCUGGUUCUUCAUGAGAAUGUCACUGUCACGCCCCAUCUUGGAGCAAGCACAGUGGAGGCGCAGGAAGGCGUCGCCAUCGAAAUUGCUGAAGCCGUGGGCGGCGCACUGAGAGGUGAGCUCGCAGCGACCGCUGUGAAUGCUCCCAUGGUCCCAGCAGAGGUCUUGUCAGUUCUAGCUCCGUACGUUUCCCUGGCGGAGAAGCUGGGGAGGCUGGCAGUGCAGCUCGUCGCCGGAGAGAGCGGCAUCAAGGGCGUCAAGGUGGUGUACACCUCAGCCAGGGAUCCCGACGACCUCGACACGAGGCUCCUCCGGGCGAUGGUCACCAAGGGCAUCGUGGAGCCCGUGUCCAGCACCUUCGUCAACCUCGUGAACGCGGACUACACGGCGAAGCAGCGCGGCCUGCGCAUCGCCGAGGAGCGGGUCUCCCACGACAACGCCGCCGCCGAGGCGCCGCUGGAGUCCAUCCAGGUACGCCUCUCGCACGUGCAGUCCAAGUUCGCCGGGGCGAUCAGCGACGGCGGGGACAUCGUCGUCGUGGGCAGGGUCAAGUACGGCGUGCCUCACCUGACCGUCGUCGGGCCCUACGAGGUCGACGUCAGCCUGGAGGGGAACCUGAUCCUGUGCCGGCAGAUCGACCAGCCCGGGAUGAUCGGCAAGGUCGGGAACAUCCUCGGGCAGAGGAAUGUGAACGUCAGCUUCAUGAGCGUCGGCCGCACCUCCCGUGGCAAGCAGGCGAUCAUGGCCAUCGGCGUGGACGAGGAGCCGGACAAGAAGACGCUCGAGAAGAUUGGGGCGAUCCCGGCCGUCGAGGAGUUUGUGUUCCUCGAGCUAUGAUGGACAGACAGCGGGCGCUCGCUCCACUCAUCGCUAGAAUAAGUGGCAUCGCAGCAGCAUCAUAUUGGUUUGAUGCCACACGGGGUGGGGUGAAGUGAUCCUUCCACGGCGCCUUGGUUUGGCCUCCGUUUGAAUAAGAACGAUGUGUGUGUAUGUUAUGAUGCUGUGUGUAUCAACGUGUGCGCCUAGCGCUUGUUUGUGGAGAGUCGUAUCAUAGUAGUAUUAUAUUGUUUGGCUAGAUAUAAUUUGUUUGUGUGUUGCAAACUUGCAAUACAGACACAAAUAUUCUGUAUGUAAUGGUGAUGAUUUACCUGUCAUUUAAUUUCUAUUUUGUUUACUUA